ACCCUUCUAUCACACAUAAAUUCACUUCCAUCCUGCGGUAUCUUCGCAAUGUCUUCUUAUAUGGCCACUCUUCCCCGGCCAACAAAGACAUAUCAUUCGCAAACGUACGACCGCAUUUCCGUGCAUCAUGCGUUCAGCGGCAAGGGAAAAUCUGUAUUGAUCUCUGGGGGCGCAAGUGGUCUCGGCUACGAAAUGUCGAAAGCCUUCGCCAGAGCGGGAGUUGCUCGCAUAGCCAUUGUCUCCCGCUCGCUGGAUGCACAGAAGGUCAAGUCGGACUUUGAAGCUGCGUACCCAGAUGUCGAGAUCCUGCCAUAUCAAGCUUCCAUCACAGAUCACGCCCGCAUGGCUCAAGUGCUCGGAGAGCUUGGUACGAUUGACGUGCUUGUUCUGAACGCAGCCUUCGCCCACGGCCGUGGCAACGCGAUGCAACUCAGCCUGGAGGAGGUGCAAGAGUCGUUCAAUGUCAACACGAUCGCGGCCUUCAGCGUCACCCAGGCCUAUCUCGCAAUGCCGGCACCCCAAAAGAAAACUGUGAUCAAUGUAUCUUCAGCAGCAGCACAUAUGACGGGUUCAAGACGAGUGGCGUACGGUGCGAGCAAAGCGGCUGGCGCCCAGCUGAUGCAGAGCUUUGCUUCAGCCUUCCCCGAUGGCGACAUCCGAAUAUUCUCAUUUCAUCCGGGAGCAUACUACACGCCUGGGGUUGCGAAGAACAUUCCGAAAGACAUGAUGGUGUGGGAGGAUGAGAGACUCCCGGCAGACUUCACGCUGUGGCUAGCCGGCGAGGAGAGCGACUUUCUCCAUGGACGCCAUGUGUGGGCCAACUAUGAUGUAGACGAGUUGAUUGCGCUCAAGGAAAAGCUCAGGAAAGACCCCGACUUCUUAACGAUUGGUCUUGUUGGCCUCUAGACGAAGAAGAAAAUGGAUUAUCGAAAAGGCAGCUUCAAUAAUCAAACCAUUGGUAUCAUUGGCAAUCAAAUA